CCCCUCCAAACCUUCUCUAACUCCUGUAAAGACUUUUCAAACAAUCUAACCCUCUUUCAUAAAUGCUAAACCUAUAAAUCACCUAUCUAACUCCUGUAAAUCCUAUUCAAACAAUCUAACUCUCUUUCAUAAAUGCUAAACUAAUAAAUCACCUAUCUAGCUCCUGUAAAUCAUAUUCAAACAAUCUAACCCCCUUUCAUAAAUGCUAAACCUAUUAAUCACGUCUCUAUCUCCUGUAAAUCCUAUUCAAACAAUCUAACCCUCUUUCAUAAACGCUAAACCUAUUAAUCAUGUCUCUAACGCCUUUUUAUUCUUCUCCCCUACAGAUGAAGGUCGCUAUUAUCCUACUGUCCACCUUCGCCCUCGUCACCCCUUCGAGGCGGUACCCCUCCUCGCAUUAUUCGGGGGGCAGUGGGGGAGGAUUCGGAGGGGGCGGCGGGUCAGGGGGUAGCAAUGGGGGAGGUACUGCCCCUAUUGUGUUCCCGGGGCAAGUGAGCGGAGAAGGAGGAGGACACAUUCACGGUCCAGGUGGUGGUAUCCAUAGCGGUGGUAUUGGAGGUGGUAAGGGAGAUGGAAUUGGUGGUGGUAUUGGAGGUGUUGGUGUUGGCGGGGGCCUCCCUUCCCCCGUUGGACACGACGAAUCGGUUCCUCUCUACAUCGGCGCUUGUGACCGGUACAGUUCCCCGAUCCACGACACUUUCGGCGGCAAAAACUACCACUACUCCUGGUGCGUGGACGGCGGGCAGCGCUACACUUGGCAGGAGGCUUACAACUAUUGCACGCGGCUGGGCCAAGGCUGGACCCCCGUGAACAUUGAGACCCCGGCCGAGAACAGUUACAUUGUGGGCAUCGUGGGCAAGCACCGUUCUCCCUGGAUCUGGACUGGAGGCAACAGGCUGAACAACGAGGAGUUCAUUUGGGAGUGGAGCAACAACCAGCCACUCACAUAUACCAAGUGGGACCAGAAUGAACUCACCGGCGGCCCUCAGCCCGACAACAGCGAGGACAACAAUGAGAGGUGCCUGGGCCUUAUUAACCAGUACUACCCAGGCGAUCUCAUUACCUGGCACGACAUCGGCUGCCACCACAUAAAGCCGACCAUCUGCGAGUACUUUGCUGGAGCUUCUGGUGGGUUGCAAGUGGGAGGCGGCGGUUCCGGUGGUCAUAUCGGUGAUGGUGGUUCCGGUGGUCAAUUCGGUGGUGGUGGUUCCGGUGGUCAAAUCGGUGGUGAUGGUUCCGGUGGUCAAAUCGGUGGCGGUGGUUCCGGUGGUGAAAUCGGUGAUGGUGGUUCCGGUGGUGAAAUCGGUGGUGGUGGUUGCGGUGGUCAAAUCGGUGGUGGUGGUUCCGGUGGUGAAAUCGGUGAUGGUGGUUCCGGUGGUCAAAUCGGUGGUGGUGGUUCCGGUGGUCAAAUCGGUGGUGGUGGUUCCGGUGGUCAAAUCGGUGGUGGUGGUUCCGGUGGUCAAAUCGGUGGUGGUGGUUCCGGUGGUCAAAUCGGUGGCGGUGGUUCCGGUGGUCAAAUCGGUGGUGGUGGUUCCGGUGGUCAAAUCGGUGGUGGUGGUUGCGGUGGUCACAUUGGUGUGGCUCCGGUGGAAGGCCCACCUAUGGUUAAAUUAAAGUAGUUACCCCUUUUAACCACUUUUGACUUGCCUCCCUGUUUGACUGUUUCCCGUUUUUCUUUUCUUGUCCGUCUUUUGGUUUUGCUUUGAUUUGUAUAUUUUUCUACUCGUUCUUUACUUCUCUAGGUCCACUAUGGUUAAAAUAAAGUAGAUACCCUUAUGAACGUUUUGACUCGCAACCCUGUUUGACUGUUUCCCGUUUUCUUUUCUUGCCCGUCUUUUGGUUAUGCUCUGAUUUGUUUAUUUUUUAUAAUCGUUCGUUACUUCUCUACGCCCAACUAUGGUUAAAUUAAAGUAGUUACCCCUUUUAACCACUUUUGACUUGCCUCCCUGUUUGGCUGUUUCCCGUUUUCCUUUUCUUGUCCGUCUUUUGUUUAUGCUUUGAUUUGUUUAUUUCUAUACUCCUUUAUUUCUCCUAGGCCCACCUAUGGUUAAAAUAAAGUAGUUACCCUUAUGAACGUUUUGACUUGCCUCCCUGUUUGACUGUUUCACGUUUUUCUUUUCUUCUUUCCCGUCUUUUGGUUAUCCUUUCAUUCGUUUACUUCUCUACUUUCUUUUAUAAGGACAAUGCACAUGUUUUUUUUGUUCUUUUAUUUAUUUUUUGGCACUUGAGCUGCUCCUUUACUGUGAAAAUAAUAUGUUCUUACUCUCUUUUAUCUCUCGCUUUUACAACUCCUCCUCCUCCUCCUCCUCCCCGUUUUGAUCCUUGUUCCAUAUUCCUCAUUGUCCUCCUCUUCCUCCUCUUACAUUCUAUU